AUGCCAUGUGGCAUGAAGUUAGGGCUGGCUACUUUCGAAGGAACCGAAGGAUCAAUCCGUUUUCCCCUUUCGUCCACUGUUCAAUCGACCUGGCAGCCACGCUUCGCCCCCAACCCUUUGACUUUGUCCCUGGUUAUUACAAUCAUUCGCGACGCCACCACGUCUCCUGGGGUGGUCGUUUUGGUCGUCCAUCUCACCCGGGCGUCGGGCGAGAAAUUCUCGUUGUCGCUGUCUGCACCGCCUCAAGACUACUGCACUCACUUCAAGGCCUACACGGGACGCAUACAUAUCCUCGCCAAUCACUUAAUUGAUCCUCACGCAACCCUGACCCGCCUGCGCCAGGUUGCGAUCACUCCGCCCAAUCACUUUUCUAAAAACUGA